AUGGUCGCCAUAACGUUAACGAUUCUUUCGUGUCUUUUGACGAACUGUCUCAGUACGGUUGCCUACCAGUUUGCGUAUAGACAUGCCGAAGGAGGGCCACCAGAAUAUCCGAGCUACGCGAACACUAGACAGAACGAGAUCGACCGGAGAAUGAAGGACCGGUGUUACGGGCGGUUCUUGUGUAAGAACGGCCGGUGUGUGGAUGGAGCUCUCGUCUGUAACGGGGUUUCGGACUGCGGGGAUGGCUCAGACGAGAGAGGGUGCAAACGACGCCCGUUCGCGUCAGGCCCGGUACCACCGCAAGGCCCUGUAGGCGGGUUGAACAGCUUACCUACCGCCAGCUGUCAGCGGCAAUGUGACGUCACGGACCGCAGCCCACUGUGUGGUUGGGACGGCAAGCAAACGCGACAGUUCGUCAAUCCCUGUCAGAUGGCCGUGGCCUCUUGUUAUCAGAUGCAGCCCAUUACGGCUACACCUUGUCCAGGUGCGACGGCCUCCUGUGCGGGUGACCAGUUCCCGUGCACCACCGGAGCGCAGUGUGUUCCCAACCUCAGCCGCUGUGACGGCGCCAAAGACUGCCGAGACGGCUCGGACGAGGUCGCCUGCCCGCAACCGAACCCCUGCAGUUACAACGCAUUCCGCUGUCAGUCCGGCGGUUGUAUCCCGAAGCUGAAGCUGUGCAAUGGAGUGCGGGACUGCAACGACGGCUCCGAUGAAACAGCGCCACCUUGCGGUAAGGACUUAACUGGCACAUCUGCCGGUAACCUCAGAUUCUAUAAACUUUGA